UUAUUUACACUUAGAUGUCCAUGAGUUUGAAAAUGUAGUUUAUAUUUCACGAAUAUGGUGAAUUGUUAAUUAUUUUUCUAUUUUAAGAGUGCUAACUUGCAUAUUGUAACAGCAAGUUCGAUGUUUGAUUAGCGUUAGCUAGCUGGCUGUGAUAACAAACCUAACUUUCUGUAUUUGCUAACUGUUAAUGGCUAAAGGUUAGCUGGUGGAGCCAAGCAAAGGAGAUAGGUUUGUUUAUUUAAUUUGCUGCGUUUGCAUUACUUCACUGUCUAGAAAUGGCGUCGUUAACGGCGACAGAACCAGCGAUAUGCCCGGGUGCAAUACCAGCAGCAGAGUCCAUAGUGCCCGCUUGUAUGUUUGCACCGGAUCGGGGAUGUGCCGACGAUCCAUCCAGCGGAGAGGGCUUUGACGACGGCGAGGGUAGAAACGGCGAGUCCGCGGAUCAUUUAGACUUAAGCAGCAAGCUGGUCCUAGUGAGUCCAACAGGGGAACAGUAUGAUUCAUUACUAAGGCAUCUGAGGGAGCGGAUAGAUGAAGGCUGUGGAGAGACGAUCUACGUGGUUGGGAUGGGCUCAGAUGGGGGUGACUAUGGUCUGGAUGACAAGGAUAUGGAGGCGUCAGUAGCCACGGUGCGGUCACUCUGUGAACAGAUUGAGGCUGACCUGAUCUGGCUGAGGGAGAGGACAGACACUGGCGGAAAAAUUCAGGACUACCUCAUCCGCCGGCGUGUUGGCGAGCAAGAUUUCCUGGAAGUCAGAGUGGCGGUGGUAGGGAAUGUGGAUGCGGGGAAGAGCACUCUGCUGGGGGUUUUGACCCACGGUGAGCUGGACAAUGGCAGAGGCUUUGCUCGGCAGAAACUCUUCAGACACAAACAUGAAAUGGAGAGCGGCAGGACCAGCAGUGUGGGCAAUGAUAUCCUGGGUUUUGACCAGGAGGGACAGGUCGUGAACAAACCAGAUAGCCACGGCGGCGGCCUAGACUGGACCAAGAUCUGCGAGAAAUCCUCAAAGGUCAUCACCUUCAUCGACCUGGCUGGCCACGAAAAGUACCUCAAGACCACUGUCUUCGGCAUGACGGGACACCUGCCUGAUUUCUGCAUGCUCAUGGUUGGCAGUAACGCUGGCAUCGUUGGCAUGACCAAAGAGCAUCUGGGUCUGGCACUGGCCCUAAAUGUGCCGGUGUUUGUCGUGGUUACUAAGAUAGACAUGUGUCCAGCUAACAUCCUGCAAGAGACGCUAAAAUUAUUGCAGAGGUUAUUAAAGUCACCAGGUUGCAGGAAAAUCCCCGUGUUGGUCCAGAACAAGGACGAUGUCAUCGUCACAGCCUCCAACUUCAGCUCUGAGAGGAUGUGUCCAAUAUUUCAAAUCUCAAAUGUGACGGGGGAGAAUAUGGACCUGCUGAAGAUGUUCCUCAACCUCCUCUCCUCUAGGACCAACUUCAGCAACGAUGAGCCUGCUGAGUUCCAAAUAGACGACACAUACUCAGUGCCGGGUGUGGGCACAGUCGUUUCAGGGACUACGUUACGUGGAAUGAUACGACUCAACGACACGCUGCUCUUAGGCCCAGACCCGCUGGGAACCUUCAUCCCCAUCGCUGUGAAAUCCAUCCACCGCAAGAGGAUGCCCGUCAGAGAGGUUCGCGGCGGCCAGACGGCAUCCUUCGCCCUCAAAAAGAUCAAACGUUCAUCUAUAAGGAAAGGCAUGGUGAUGGUGUCCCCAAAGUUGAUGCCGCAGGCCACCUGGGAGUUUGAGGCUGAGAUUUUGGUGCUACACCACCCCACCACGAUAUCCCCAAGAUACCAAGCCAUGGUCCACUGUGGCAGCAUCAGGCAGACAGCCACCAUCCUGACCAUGAACAAAGACUGCCUGCGGACGGGGGACAAGGCCACAGUCCACUUCCGCUUCAUUAAGACUCCCGAAUACCUGCACUGUGACCAGAAACUGGUGUUCAGGGAGGGACGCACAAAAGCUGUGGGCACCAUCACAAAGCUUCUCCAAUCAGUGAACACGCAGGCAGCUAAGGCCCAGCAGGCCAAGAUGCAGGCCAUUAAGAAGGCUUCUAAAGAGGGCACAGCAGCCAAUGAGGAGGCUGGAUCAACAGCACGGCCGCCUAGCCCGAACGCAGCACAGCUACCACUCAAGUCGGGAGGCGGAGGACGCAGGAGAGGUGGUCAGAGACAUCGAGGGAAAGGCCUGAACGCUGCAACGCUCUCUACAGCAGUGCCUGCAGGAGCAGCAGGAACAGCCUAAAAACACCAGCUUUCAUUUCUCCUCAGCUCUCCUCAUCUCCUUUACAGGGAGGGAAAGUGACUGCGUCGCCCUCUGGUGGUUGCCUGCAAAAACUGACUGCACAUUUUUCUCUAAUAAUAAUUCAAUAAUUUUGAAGGGACUGAAUUAUUUUCCACAUUAAAUCAAUUUAAAGCUUUAUUGGUGGAAAGACUUGUGGGCUGCUGAAGAUGCUGAGUUUUUAUUUAGUUUGCACUUUGUAGAUUACACUAUAUAACCUGCUGUUUUCAUAUGCGUUUUGAGCUGCAGACAGUGAGAAUACCACAACGAAUUACUAGUUGAUCAGAACUUAACAUUGUUUCCCAGCCAGCAGAGGCAUCCGUCACUUUCCCUGCCCUCUGUAAUGUACUUUUUUUUUCUGUUUCUCAUCUUCCUUUUCCUCAUUCUACAUCCUCUGUUCACACCUAACUUUCAUUAUAGCAACUUGUUCAUGAUGGCAUCAAUCAUCAGUGGUUUGAGGAAGAAGACGGUGUUCACUAGUUGAAAAGCAGUAUUUAUCUAGUCAUUGAGAGACUGGCGGUUUGAAUUCACAUUGGGAAAUGAUUGAAAGGAAAGGGAAGUGAUGUCAGCCCGAUGUGUAUUCAUGUUCAGUGACAAGCCAAACCUAAAUCAGAUGUCAUGUUGGUUUACCCUGCUGUUCUGUGUCCUCUGGAAAUCACCUUCUAGAGAUGUGCUUUAGUGGUGGAACAGUGCUGGCGGUUGGUGAAUUCUGUUCCUCUGUUCACCAUCAGCUGCCCUGUAACAUCUCCUCCUAGAUGAAGAGCAAAACAGAGUCUCAUCCCUUUGAUCUCAUACUGCCUAAGUUAAAUCCUGCUACAGAAGGGUCAUUUUUAUCAUUGUUAUCCCUUCUGUUUUGAGCAAAUAUUACAGUUUUACUAGAUCCAGUUCAGGCAGUCAAGAGAGAAGAAAUCCAAAACACCCUCGCUUUUUUCCCCCAAAAGAAUGUGAAGUGUCAAAGUGACUAACCUGUGUUAGUGUUAACACGGUUUUAACCUGGCAGAGGUCCUUAUGAAGUCACUCCUCUCUUUGCUGGGAAAUCUCUUAACCCAAGCAGGCGUAAGCACAAUUUUCUUCCAUUUUGAUGCAGUCUGACCUCCAAGCAUCUCUCAUCCACUAUUUUUAUGACAUUAAUGCAAAAACUCAAGUGGUGUCUCGCACCUUAAAUGUCAAAGGCCAAGAAAGAACAUAUUUAAUUCACUUGAAGUGAUUCUAUUGUGACUCGAGUGUCCGCACAUUAACUAUUUGUACUCCAAAAUGAAUUAGAACGUGGCUGCAACAAAGAAAAGAUAUUUUUAAGUGUCAAGGGUCAAAUGCAUGUCAGACAGGAAGUCGGUUUCAUAUGACCAGUGAAAAUCUUUUUUGGUACAUACUGUAUGAAUAAUGUACAGCUAUUUCUAUUUCUAGUAGUCAAUCAGUAAUAAAUGAUGCCGUUUCUGUGACGGUCUAAACACACCAGCAGAUAAUGUCAGUUAAUAAUGCAAGUCAUCUCAGAUUAUCUCUAAUAAGCUAACGUAAACCACUGAUCACAUCAAACUAAACUAAAAUUUAAAUCGAGCUUAUGACUUUUGCUGCAGUUUUUUCCCAGUCUAUAUUGGGAAUGUAACUAAAUGGUGUUAUUGGUUGUUUGAGGGGUGUUUUUCUUCCAGAGCCCCACUUUCCCCUUUUCACACACAUACUCUAAUUUAAUGCUGGUCAUUCUGGUCUGAGAGUCUUUUGAGCCACUGAAUUACCCAUUUUAUGAAGAUCACAGACAAACUGAACUGCCAGGAUAUUUCCCCCUUUUAUACUUCUUUCUUUAAAAAAAAAAAACCUAUCCAAAUUGUUUUUUGUUUCGUUUUCUUGGAAGGGACACAUUUUGUGUGUAAGUACAAAAAUACAAAGUUGUGCAGAAGAACUGAGGGUUAAAAAAAAAGAUGCCAUUUAAAUUAAGUGCUGCCAGUUUGUGUUGUAAAUCCUUUCAAAUAAAGAUGUUCUAGAAAACA